CUCAUUUUUUGUACCAGACCUCCGCAGCGACGAACAGGACGAUCUCAUGACCGAAGACACUUCGCGUCAUUACCGACGCAUUACAAAGACCUCGUCUUCAUCACCUGUACAGCAUAAUGAAGUGACAAUAGACGACGCUUUUGAAAGUAGUAUUGAUCAGUUCUUGGGCCUAGUGCCAGUAAAGCAUUUAGUGGAUUCAGUCCGUCAAUCAUGCCAACGGCAUAUAGAUCAGCGCAAACGAUCGCUUGCGCAAAAACGCAAACUUCCUACCAAAUCCCUUGUCACCAAGCCAAACACUGUAGCCGAUCUCCCCAUCGUCUCUCUCCCAUUCCGCUUCACUCCACCUACUAGCCUUUCACCCACUAGGCAGAAAGCAUACCACAGCAUUCUUAGCGAUGAUACACAGCAAAUGACGAACCCACACCAAUACCUAUAUUGGGCAUCUUUAUUUGACGUCCAUCCUAUGAUGGCCAAAGCUCGUAGUUUGCUCGGAGACGUUACUCAGGAUGCUUGGAGACGAAGUAUGGUGAAAAGCGGCGUCGCUGGUGAAGAAGUGAAGCCGGCAAGAGAACUGGAAAACUAUCUUGUUCUGCGACAACUGCAGAAUGAAGCAUAUGCUAAAUCAGCUGUGGCCGAAGGUGUCAAAUUGUAUAAUGAAAACCAAUUCAAGGACGCUCUUGAUUACUACAAGCGAGCAGUCAACAUGGAUCCAAAGUGUGCGGAAGCGUGGUACCGAGCUAGUCAAGUGUUUCUGCAAAGGAAAAAUAAUGAAGAGGCUAUCAAGAAUCUAGAACGAGCGAUUCGGUUACAGCCGGAAUAUACCGAAGCCCAAACACUACUGCAAAGUAUUCAAAACAGCAAGAAGGAACUGGAUAACACGGAUUUGAUUAUUGACACCGAUGAUGCCAUAAAGGAAUAUGAGGAGCGACAAAAGGAACCAAAGGAGAAAGAAAAAGACCAUAAGAAAAAGCGACGACGAGACGAUGACCGAUCAAAGCGAUCUAGGCAUCGUAGUCGUAGUAGGUCUCCACGUCGACGACGCAGUUCAAGCCGGGAUAGACGACAUCGAAGUCGUAGUCAUCGCAAGCGCCGUGACAGCGAUUCGGAAGAUGACGAUCGGGAGCGAAGGCAUAGACGCCGUCACAGCCAUACCAGUCGGAAGCGAAGUAGCAGUCGUUAAUAGUCUAUUCUAAAUCAACGACCGAGCUGCAACAUCUACGCUGUCAUGAUUGGUCCUUUGCCAGUCAUGCAACCCGUCAGUAGGACGCAUGUCAAUUAAUAGAAACUCAUGUAAACAUUAUUAAUGAAUGCUGUGAAACAAUUUUGGCUUUAGUUCUUGAGAUUCAUAUUACGGUAAUGGAGGGAGGAUGAUUUCGAGAAAAAAUAAUAGAUAGUUCUGAAAAUUGUUCAUAGAGGAGUUGCCUGUUUUUCAUAUCAUGUGUUGUGAAUAGCAAAGGACAAAAAAGAAGCGUUAUAGAGGUUUAUCAUGAAG